CACGUAUCGUACGGUAUCCAUACCGCCAGCCCACGAGCAAACCCACCCCGGGUGCCCACACGGGACGACCCUCCCUCAUAGCCCGAGCUCAUAGAGUGAGGACCAUCAGCGGCAGCCCCAGGCCCACCUCACUGUGGCACACCCCCACCACAACCCUCCCACCCACCAAACGAUGCACGUGGCCUGCGUCCCUGAAAUGCGGCAUACUCAACGCCCCCUCCAGCCGGCUGCCAAAAUCAAGCCGCCCCGUCACCUGCUCCAACACACCCACACUGCCACCCUCACCCCCGUCACUGCUCGCCACCACACAGUGAGCCGUAAAGGCUGUGCAGGGCAGGAUGACCUCGCAGUCCUCCGAGUGGUCGUGGUCCAUCUCUGCCGCGGCACCCUUGAUGACACUCUUGUAGUGCUCGUACGCUGACAGGGGGGAUGGUGUCUCCUCCGCCUCUGUGUCUGCCGCCUUGGCGAUUGCGAGGACGAUUUCAUCGUUUCUCGUCUCGACGAAGAAGACGUUUGUGUCCUGGAAUGCGCUCAUUCUGGCGUGAAGCCGCAUGCUGCUGCCCACGUGCUCGGACGCCGGCGACCCCCACCGAGACACAGACACACACAGCUUCACCGUCACUCCCUCCCGGCCAUGGUGGAACACCCCUCCCAUGGCUGCUGUCUCGUCAUCGGAUGAUGGUUCUGGCUGUAGCGGGCCGGUCUCCACCAUAGAGGCCACUUCUGGAUGAUGCAAGCGGCUGAGCCUUAGCAUUAAGGUGAGUUGCUGAGACGCUGGGUGCUGCUUGGUAAACCGCUUGAUGCCCUCAUGCGCCACAAGAGGGCUCGACAGAGACAUCGCGUGUGGUGAAUCCAGCAAUGCCCGGCACUCCCCCUGCUCCACAUGGACCACCGAUGUGCACACGCAAAGCGACAGGGCCGUCGGGGUGUCAUCGUCACCCCCACUGCCAGCAGCCGCCACGGUGUCCUCCAGCAGGUCGUCGUCUCUCCGUGUCGUGUUCAUGACCACCCGUCGGCCGCCGGCCACAUUUGUCAUCUGGUACCACUUGAAGCCGGCACUCUUGAAGGCGCCUUCCACAGCAGGGUCCACCUUGUACUCCCCCGAAGGCAGGUCUUGGCACACCAACGUCACUCGGAUGCUGCUCACGUCAUGCUUCUGCAAAAUGUACUGCCGCACCGUGGCUGCUGCAUCGGACAGCACCUCUGGCCACAUGACCUCUGUCCGCGUAGAGUGUAGGUGGUGGUCGUGGUCGAGCAGCAUGGCUGUGUUGGCGACGGAGAGGUGGUAUACCUUGCAGACGACAGAGAGGGUCUUCUCGUUUCGGAACACUGCCAACCCCACUAUCCUCCUCUUCUUUCCCCUUUCCCCAGUGCCAGCUGUGGUGAGCCAGAAGAAUUGCCCGCCGUGCUUGGCCGUCGCGGGCCCCCACUCCCCCAACGGCGGCAGAGAAUUGGCAAGGGAGGCAUCCACAUGCUCGAGAUAGUGGCGGAAAAUGUCCGCAAUUUCGCUGGUGGUGCACUCGAUUGGGAGCAGGCUCAGUGGCGUCCCUGCCUCGAUUGGGGCCUCAGUAGGCUCAGCACUCGCGGGAACUGACGAAGGGAGAAGGGGCAAGGGUCCAGCUCAUCCUCAUUGAUGUCAGUGCAUCUGUGUAGGUACCUGGCUCGGGAGAGGGCACAGCUUCAAGCUUAGUGGAGAAGGUCAGCACACUUCUAGGUCGCUCUCUCGCGCUUUGUCUCGACCCAGCGCCGCCGCUCAGUUUCUCUCGGGCCCUCUCGAGCAGCAUGAUGCUUUCUGCCGCAUGGAUGCGGGAGAGCAGAGACGGCUGUAGCGGCAAAGCCGCGGGCCUCUGCUGCCAACUCUGGGCCGUCCUGCUGACCCGGGGGCCACCUGUUGGCCUGGAGGCGGCUUGAGACGGCGCGGCGCGAGUGGCCGGCCUGGAUGUGUCUCUGGUGGUCUUUUGGCGUUGGUGCUGCGUGGCGCUGCUUGGCGUGACGGCCGCUGACAGGGUGCCGGGGGCGGAUGACGUGACGAAGAAGGGGUCUGAUUUUGCAGAGAACAUCAUGAGGCGCGAGAGGGCGCUGGACGGAAGCCAUGACGUGUCCCUCGUCAUCUUCAGCAGAUAGUUCUGCGGCCUCAAGUCUGCAGGACAGACAGCAAAGGAUUGCCACAAUCAUUGCGUACAGAAUAGAGCUUGCAUACCGUCGCCAUGUUGCGCCUGGAUGCUAUUCUGCUCCACCAGCCAGGGCACCGCUAACGGGCUCUUGCGGCCUGGCCGCAGACACUUGCGCCACACGUCGAUGGCCUCGACUACUUCUAACGUCGACAGCCGCAGCUCCAGCAACACGUCGCGAAGCUCCGACUGUGCGUGCCACUCGUCGAUGGCCCUGUUGGCGUACGCCUCGUUGAGGAGCUCCAGCCGCCUGAGACAGAAUUCACGGUAGUCGACGGACCGCAUGACCCGCUGCACUGGGGCGUUGCCGCUUCUGAGGCACUCUGCCUCCUUGAUCAAAACCAUCAACGCCCUCUCAUGACCCUCCUGCUCUGCACACACCAGACAUGACAAAGUCAAUACAAGGCCAACUUGUGCAGAGAUCACUCACCAAUUUUCCUCCUAUUCCUGUAAUGCGGCAGAGGGUCCCGUACCCUGAAGUGGGUCCUAUCACGCCCCUUGUUCGAUGCCGAUAAACGGCCGUGGCUGGGUGUGGAGGUGAAGUGCGCUUCUGAAUGAAUGAAUUGGGUGGGGGAAGGGAAAGACAAGAGUGAAGACACGCGUCCCGGGAUGCAUGCCAGUCCUGUUAACGUAUGUUGAUUGUGUGGGUCUGUGUACCUACCGGCAUAGAGGCGUCUGUGCCAGCGUGGAAUGGCGUGUUCCUCCUACAUUCCACACACAGAAAAUCGAUGAAGACAGUCAUAUUGGGAAGGUUAUUGUCGUCCUUGUAGCUCACCCAUAGAGACGCAAUGUAUGCCUCAACGCUAUAUGACACGUGCUGGUUCAAAUUCAUAUUCG